AUGGCCGCACACGGCACGUGGACAACUUUUGCAGGAGUCAUAGUUAUAGAAAUAAAAUCUCACGAGUCUAUAUAAUAAGUCUCCAAAAGCAUACGGUUUGAUAAACGCAACGCACCGAUGGGCAGUGAAUCUAGCGGCGAAGAUGGAGGAGAGAUCGUUCACGAGACGUUAUCUUUCAAUGACUUGCCGGAGGAUUGCAUCUCACACAUAUUCACUUUCACUAGUCCACGUGACGCGUGUGUCGCCGCUUCGGUUUCGAAAACCUUUGAAUCGGUGGUGAAUUCCGAUAACGUAUGGGAGAAGUUUCUUCCCCCGGAUUAUGCAUCUUUGGUUCUUCUUCCUCAAUCGCGAGUUCCCUUGUCAAAGAAGGAACUCUAUUUCGCUCUCUGCCACGAUCCUCUUCUAAUCGAAGAUGGCAAAAAGAGCUUGUGGUUAGAGAAAAUGAGUGGGAAAAGGUGUAUCAUGUUAUCUCCAAAGGAGAUGUGGAUCAAAUGGGUUAGUAGUCCUCGGCAGUUUUGGCAAUGGAUUUCAAUUCCUGAAGCUAGGUUUGAAGAAGUACCAGAGCUCCUCAAUGUAUGUUGGUUUGAGGUCCGUGGUAGGAUAAGUACUCGUUACUUAUCUCCUAGUACACGUUACUCGGUUUACAUUGUUUUCAAGACAAAGAACGGAUGUCCUGGAUUAGAGGAUGUGCCGGUGGAAGUUGGAGUUGGAUUGGUGGGACAAGAAUCUUCUCAAAGAUUCAUAUACUUUGUCGGACCUUCGGAUAGAAAGAAAGAGAAAGAAAUGAGAGAUGUAAUGAAACCAGAGAAGAGGGAAGAUGGGUGGAUGGAAGCUGAGCUUGGUGAAUUUUUCAACAAAGCAAGUUGUGAUGAAGUUGAUUUGAGUGUUGUUGAGAUUAAGUCUCCUCAUUGGAAACGUGGUUUGAUCAUUCAAGGAAUCGAGUUCCGCCCUUCGAAAAGACCCUAA